GUUAUAAGCAUAUAUUGAUAUGGACCCAAACCAGAACCCAACACAGGAAUUGCAGACAGCCGAUGUUCCAGACCUCAGCGUUGUGCCUUACUUUAGGUCGUGUUGUCUCCUAAAAGCAUGUGCAACACUGCUGCGCAUGCCACCACGGGCUGUGGCCACUGCGGUUUACUUCUUGCACCGAUGGCGCCUCGCGGACCAGCCCCCAGACGCUUCAGAUGACGCUGUACUCGCGGCCUGCCUGUUCCUGUCCUCCAAAGUGGAGGAGGCCGCCACCUCCAACAACCACUUGCUCAAUGUCGUGAAGCUCAUCCGCCACCUAGACGACAGCUACGAGCAGUGGGCCUGGUGCGCCUCCGCAGCCGCCUCCGCAGUCGCCGCCGCCUCCGCUGUUGGCGCCGGCUUCGCCGGCGGCGGCUCCGCCGCCGCGGCGGCGCCGCCAGCCGACACGUCAGCAGCCGCGCUCAUACCUGGGUGGCGGCGGCAGCAGGCGCAACAGCAACAGAACGGUGGAGGAGGCGGGGGAGGGGGAGGUGGAGGUGGAGGAGGAGGGGGAGGUGCGGAGGGGAGAGGCGCUUCGAACGGCGACGGUGCGGCUGGGAAUGGUGGAGGCCCGCAGGAGGCUCUGCAGCCGCCGCUGGGGGCAGGGCUCCCGCCCGUUGAUGCGGAGGAGGUGGCGGCGGCGGCGGCGUUGAAGCGGUUGCUGCCGCCGCGGCCGCCGCCGCCGCUGCCGCCGCACCUGCUGCCGCGCCUCUCAAAUGGGGCCGGUGCGGGUGGUGGUGGCGGAGGCGGGGGUGGAGGAGGAGGUGGGGGCGCAGGUGGGGGCGGAGGCCCGCCGGUGCGCUGCCGGCUGCGGGAGGCAGUGGCGGCGUGCGCUGUGCUGGUGGGGGCCGAGUACUACACUGCCAAGCAGACGCUGCUGACGGCUGAGCAGCUGCUGCUGCGCGCGGUGUCGUUCGAGGUGGUGGUGGCGCAGCCGCACGCGCUGCUGCUUAACGCCGCGCGGACACUGCAGCUGCCGGCCGGGCUGCAGCGGCUGGCGCUGGCGCUGCUGAACGACCUGUGGAGCUACAGCCGCUACUGCGUGGCGGCGCCGGCGGGCUCGGCGGCGCGGCGGGAUGUGGUGAUGGCGGUGCUGGAGGCGGCGGCGCGGCUGAGCGGGUGGAGCGGGUGUGGGGUUGGUGGGGGAGUGGGCCGGGGAGUGGGUGGGGGAGUGGGUGGGGGAGUGGGCGGUGGGGAGGGGCUGCGGGUGCCGCGGCACGCGGAGGAGGCGGGGGUGGAGGGCUGGUGGCAGCUGCUGGGUACGGCACGUGACGUGGCGGGGAUGGGGCGGCUGGUGGAGGCGGUGCUGGAGGCGGUGGCGAGCGUGCACGAGCGCGCGUGGGAGACGGGGCCGGUAGCGCCGGCGCAGCUGGGGCUGCUGGUGGGGAGCGACACGCCGUUGAAAUGAGGUUUGGCUGGAGCGACCUGGGCUUGAUGCGACCUAGCUGUUUGGUUGUUAAAGAUCCGGACGAGGAAGAAGACGGCUGGCCUCGAGUAUAGCGUGGAUGGAUGGACGGUGGAUGUGCUUGGUAAGCUUUGGAACUGAUGUUCCCUGAAGCAGGUGCAUGUAAGUCAAUUCGUUU